GAAAAAGAAAAGAGAGAGAGAGACGCAACUGCCAUGCUUUUUGUCGCUCGAUGGUGCCAAGGCCAAUUGCUAGAUGACUGUUGCAGAGUAAAAAGGCUCAAACACCACCGUUAGAGAUUACCCUUCUCCUUUUUCGAUUUUUCAUCGCACUUGCUCACUUCUUUCAAGCUUCAAGCGCCACCAAGGACCGAUCGCCUCUCCCCGUCCACAUCCCCUGGCCGUGCAACUCCAAACUUCUAUUAUCGCACUUCUGCAAUCCGAUUCCCACUGCAAUAAAGCCCUAAUCCUGCUGUAUUUAUAAAUCCAUUUGCUCUUUGUCAGGCGAGGUUACAUCCUGAUUGAUUUUGCGAUUCUGAGUUUGUUCAAAGUUUAUUUGCUUAAUUCGCUUUCAUAGACUUUGCUGAAAUUUCGACAAUAACAAUAAUCAGAUGAUUGAUGGAGAGGGAUCUCGCGAGGACCGCUCCGGGUCUGUCUCUCCCGAUCCGUUCGACUCGUUCACCCCGAAGUCGCCCGGUGGCGGCGAUGUAUCGCCUGGAUCGGUGUCGCGAUCCUCCUCUUGCGGAGAGUCGGAGUUUGAGCGAUAUUGUAGUGCGAACUCGGUCAUGGGCACGCCUAGUUUUUGUGGUUCGUUUGGACCUCUUAAUGAUUCGGCAGAGUCUGAGUUCGAGUCUUUGAGGAGUUUGGAUGGUGGUUUGGAGAAUUUUAGUUUGGGAGGGAGGUUUGAUAGGAAUUUGGAGGAGCUGAAACUUCCUGGUUCCGGUUUUGAUCAUCUGAAAGGAAGUGGGAGUAGUCAAUUACAAUUGUAUUGUGUAGAAGGGAAUUGUGGAAUCAAUAAUGAAUUGGAUAGUAGGCUAGAGAAUGCUAAUGUGAGAGCCAGUGAGAUUGACUCCAUUGGUGAUGGGGUUGUAGAUGAUUUGAACAUUGUGGCAGAUGUUGGAGAAGGAUCUUCGGGUGUAGCUAUUAGUGAAGGGAAUGAUGGUCGCUUCUGCAUGUUGGAUUCAGAGUUGGGUUUGGAGUUUGAUGGAAGGGAGGAGGAGAGGGAGGAAGAUGAGACCUCAUCUAGAUAUGAACAUUCUGAAGAUGACUCAAUGUAUGGUUGUGGUUCAGAUUACGGAAAUAGGGAGAAUUUAUAUACUCAAAGGAGCAUUCAGUAUAGCAAGAAUGGGAAUUUUGAGAAUGAGAAUCCGCUGCUUAUCAAUUCAUCUAUAGCCUUUGGUUCAGGGGAUUGGGAUGAUUUUGAGCAAGAAACAGGGGGAGGCAGUCUGGCGUCUCUGACCUUGGACGAAUAUCAGGAGCAGGAAAAACAAGAUUUGGUAACCGAAAGAAAGCUCUUUAAUUCCGAGUCCAAAGCCUCAAUGUGGGUGCCGGCUAUUGGUCUUUCUGAGAUAGGGAAAGAUGUGACUGCGGAAUCUAUUGGCAUCAGACAGGUUGAAGAAAAUGAAUUGGUGGAAGAUUUCAAUACUUCUUCUGCAGUCCCUAUUGGUUCUCAGAAAUGUGAACUGAUGCAAACAGAAGAAGUAAGAGACGUUCCUGUGUCUAUCUGUAAGGUCCAAGGGACUUGCGAGUUAGCCAAAGAUGACACAAGCACCUCACUUGCAACAUCUCAAUUACCGAGCUUUUGUAAGUUAGAGGAAGAAGGUGUAAGAGACAUUUCUGAUACCUGUGAACUAGUCCAAAGUGCUAAUGAAACAACAAAUCAUUUUACGAGUACUUCUGCUGGUUGCAUCUUUGAAGUGAAGCAGGAUCUUUUUGUAGAAAAAAAUUUCAGAGACUUAGGAGCAAAUAUAUCAGAUUACAGCACGGAAAGGAAGCGUGUGUGCAUGAAUUCUGAGAUCUUUCGUGUAGAUGACAGCAACAUUUUUGAUAAUCAAGAGACUGGGAAUUUAAAAUUGAAAGUGGGCCAACUUUAUUCCCAUCCAAGCGAACAUUUUCAAAAUGAAAAUACGGAGUACAUUGAAGACCAUAAGCUAAAUUCAAAACCAUCGUUGCUUGAGACUAACAGGGGUGAAACAAUGAAUAACACUUCUCUAGAUCCUUUUGAAGAUGAUCCUGUAACACUGAAGGCAGACAAAAUUGAGCUUCAUGAAAUUUAUGAUGAAAUUGUCAAUGAAAUGGAAGAAAUUUUACUCGACUCUAGUGAGUCUACUGGGGCUAGGUUCCCUCAGCGCAAUCGUAUGUCACAGUCACAGCUAUCUUUGCCUCUAAGAGAUGGUGGGCUGACUGCUUCCACAUCAGGUCCGGAUGAUGUCUUCCCACUAAUUACACAGCCACUGAGAAUUGAUAGGAUUGAAGUAGUUGGUGCCAAGCAGAAGAAAGGAGAUAUCUCGCUUAGUGAAAGGUUGGUUGGGAUGAAAGCAUAUACUGUAUAUAUAAUAAGAGUGUGGAGUGGCCAGGAUGAGUGGGAGGUUGAGCGCAGAUAUCGUGAUUUCUUUACACUCUAUCGUCGGCUGAAAUCAUUAUUCACUGACCAGGGCUGGAUACUUCCCCUUCCUUGGGCCUCUGUAGAAAAGGAAUCUAGAAAAGUAUUUGGAAAUGCAUCUCCAGAUGUUGUUUCUGAGAGAAGUGUUCUGAUUCAAGAGUGCUUGCAUUCCAUUAUCCAUUCGGGUUAUUUUUCCAGUACACCAAGUGCAUUGGUUUGGUUUUUAUGUCCUCAAGAUUCACUUCCUAGUUCCCCUGCAUCACAAAAACCAGUGCCUUGGUCUGCAUUCUCUCACAGAGGAGCAGAACCAGGGAACAUCUCCACUUUAGGGAAGACAAUAUCACUUAUUGUUGAAAUUAAGCCAUACAAAUCUAUAAAACAAUUGCUAGAAGCUCAACAUUAUACUUGUGCUGGAUGCCACAAACAUUUUGAUGAUGGAAUGACACUAGUGCAAGACCUUGUGCAAGCCCUUGGAUGGGGAAAGCCUCGACUUUGCGAAUACACGGGUCAAUUGUUUUGUUCUUCAUGUCAUACAAAUGAAACUGCAGUUUUGCCAGCAAGAGUUCUACAUUAUUGGGAUUUUACUCAAUAUCCAGUCUCUCAAAUGGCUAAGUCAUACUUGGAUUCUAUACAUGAGCAGCCCAUGCUUUGUGUGAGUGCAGUUAAUCCUUUCUUAUUCUCAAAGGUCCCAGCUCUGCAUCAUAUUAUGGGUGUGAGGAAAAAAAUAGGAACUAUGCUUCCAUACGUUCGUUGCCCAUUUCGCAGGACUAUCAACAAAGGACUUGGAUCUCGUAGAUAUCUUCUUGAAAGCAAUGAUUUUUUUGCACUUAGAGACCUCAUUGAUCUCUCAAAAGGGGCUUUUGCAGCAUUACCUGUGAUGGUGGAGACUGUCUUGAGAAAAAUUGUGGAGCAUAUAACAGAUCGAUGCCUCAUCUGUUGUGAUGUGGGAGUUCCCUGUAGUGCCCGACAAGCUUGUGAUACUCCAUCUUCGCUCAUUUUUCCUUUUCAGGAAGGUGAGAUUGAAAGGUGUACAUCUUGCGAGUCUGUAUUCCAUAAGCCUUGCUUCGGAAGGCUCACAAACUGCACGUGUGGAGCUCUCAUUGGGGAGGAGAAGACCAUGGCGGCCACUAAUAAGCUGAGCCGUAUGGCUAGUGAUUUGUUGGGAAGGAAAUCGAGCUCUGUUUUGCCUUUGGGAUUGCUUUCUGGACUAUUUUCAAGGGCAAAACCAGAUGCAAUGAAGGCUCACCAGGACAGUGACACUGUUAUUUUAAUGGGUUCCUUACCGAGCACUUCUCUUUGAUCGCCGGUAUUUGUAAUGUACCAUUGUAUACUGUCUUGAUAAAGCUGGAGUUCGAUUGUAUUACCCUUUUUCUUAUUAUUUUUCAUCUUCAUUUGUAUUACCUUUAGGUUUUAGCUGAAAAACCAAAAUUUACCCACAUCAUUUAGCAAAAGUGUUGAGGCUAGGCGAGUGAUUUUUUUUUUCCUUAUCUUCCUCCUUUCUCGGUCUUAAAUUUUCGAGUGAUAGUAUUCCUUUAUUCUUUUCAACUUGUGGGUGCUUUCUUUUUUAAAUUAUGGUUUUAUCAGUAUAAUUGUUUUCCCCCGUA